CACACCAAGAAGAACAACUCAUUCAUAUAUAGAGUUUCUCUAUGUGAUAGAGACAAAGUGAUUGAUAUACAUGUACUCGUAAUACUUGCAAAGGAAGUAUAUAGGUUAUUCAUUUUCCACAUUCACAUGUUUGUAAUAAUUUGUUUCAUUGACUAGACUUGACUUCUCUAAUCAAACAAGCAUAUAAAGAGGGCAGGGGAUGUGUGUUGUGUUCAACAGAGUGGUUCUUAGCUCUGAGAAACUUGUAUCCAAGAAUUAAUUCUGCAAUUAUGAAGCAAAAGAUUGUGAUGAAAGUGCAAAUGAAUUGCAAGAAGUGCAGAGCUAAAGCAUUGAAGGUUGCUUGUGGAACUAGCGGGGUAAGUAGUGUGAGCAUAGAGGGAGAAAGCAAAGAUCGAGUGGUGGUGAUUGGAGAUGGUGUGGAUGCAGCAAAAUUGACGAGCUGCAUGAGGAGCAAAGUGGGAUACACUGAUCUUCUUACAGUAGCAGAGGCUAAAGGCUAAAAACUAAAUAUUCAAGAACACCAUCAUGCCCCAGAUUUUAUGCAUGCACUUUUAAUAAUUAUAUUCCUUCUCUUUCUCUUUUACUUUUUUUUUUCUUUUUUCUUUUUCUGAAGGUAGGAAGUUUAGUUAACUUCUACAUGCAGAUCAGUGAAGUUUUUAUCUUCAUAAAUGUGAAUUACAAACACAGAAAUAAGUGUCAUUGAUCACAUUGCAAACGGUCUA